AGGCUUCCCCGCCCGAACGCAACUUUAUUCGUUUCGAAGAGACGCAAGGGGAGCUAGCUAAGCUACAAGAACCAAAAAUACUGAAACGUAACCCCCAAACAGUCCACGCCCUUCCUCCUCGCACUACAUAUCCUACGAUCCAAAAUCCACCUAACCUAACAUUUCCUGAUCUGAACCGUCACAGUUCCAAGUUUUUGCUCUUUUCUUUUUCAUUCUUGGCUCUGCUUGUCCUUUAGUCGCUCCAUUGUUUUGUUGAUGAAUCUUAUGUUGCUCUCUCUCUCUCUCUCUCUCUCUCUCUCUCUCUCUCUGUUUGUGUAGCUGUGUGUGCGGAUUUGCCUAGUAAUAUUCAACCGGGCUGACAGAGGCAAUGACAUUGGUACCAAGCUGGCUUGAAUCGUUAUUAUCUACGGAUUUCUUCUCCGUUUGCUCCAACCACAAAAAUGCCUCUCGCAGCGAGUGCAACAUGUUCUGCCUUGAUUGCCAUAAUCACGAUGCUUUCUGCUUCUACUGCCGAUCAACACGCCACAAAGAUCACCUUGUUAUCCAAAUUAGGAGAUCAUCGUAUCAUGAUGUUGUUCGGGUGGCGGAGAUUGAGAAGGUUUUGGAUAUAACUGGAGUUCAGACAUAUGUGAUAAACAGUGCCAGAGUUCUCUUCCUCAAUGAGAGACCUCAGCCUAAGAUUACCGGUAAAGGAAGCUCUCAUUUGUGCGAAGUAUGUAAAAGAAGUCUGUUGGAUCCCUUUCGCUUUUGUUCAUUGGGAUGUAAGCUUGUAGGAAUAAAAAAGAAGGGGGAUUCGAGCUUUAACUUAAGCAUGAAAAAUGAUCAUGAAAUCAAGGGAAAUGGAGAAAGAAUGCCGAGAAGAUUCUUCCCAGUAAAGGAAGAUGAUGAUGAAGAACAUGAUGAAUUGCGUGAAGGCCGUAUGAUCCAAUUACAAGACAUGAUUAGGUACCGAAGCAGCAUGUCUCAUCCUGCUGAUCAUCAUCAUCAUCAUCAACACGAUAAUCUUCCAACAAUAUCCAACGUCGUCGUCUCAAGAAGAAGAAGAAAGGGCAUCCCUAGAAGGGCACCUCUAGGGCCCUAGCUAGCUAACCAUGAUCCUUUCUGUACAAGUUGCACAUGUACAUGACGAUCCAGCUAGCAGCUGGCUCAAGAUCUUAAUUCACAAGCCCCGAUCAUCUCAUGGGUUUACCGUCCUAAAUCAAAAGGGUAAGCUGUCCUAAUGGAGGUUUUAAAAACUCAAAAAGGUUAGGUUUAGGUUACUUU